AUGGCGACACCCUCACUGCCCUGCGCAAACUGCAGCCCGGACGGCACCGGUUGUCAAAACGCUGGCAAGUCCGGCUGCGCCAACUGUUGUCUUGUUGUCUACUGCAGCUCCGAAUGUCAGAAAGCCCACUGGCCUCUCCACAAAGUCCACUGCAAAUCGCCCAUGAACAGCGAAGAUUGGAAACCUGAGUGGGUUGUGCAGAAGAGAACUCCUAGCUUCGUGCCCAAUAACGAAGUUCCGACAAGCUCCUCGUUCGGGGGAGACAGUUGGCUCUGGGGCAGCCUCCCGGCCCUUGACGUUCUCAAGCUUGAUGCGAACGAAGGAGAGCCCUACAAAGGGAAACUUUCUCUUCUCUUUGCCGCCUCUGGCGACAUGCGAAAUGUCGUCAAGACGAUUGCUCAACUUCCUCCUGGCUGGGAUCAGCCCAUCGACAUCACCAUGAAUGACAUCGACUUUGCCAUUGUCGCGCGAAAUGCUAUCAUUCUCCUCAUCGCAUUCACGGCUGGUGAUGAGAAUGAAGCGAUCGACUGCAUCAUCCAUAUCUGGUACUCGAGCUCUAUCCGCAAGUCCGACCACACCAUCCUUGAGGAUCACAUCCGUCCUCUCAUCCAGACCGUCUGCGACAAGAUCAAGAGCAAGCCUGCCGAUCGCGUCUUAGGCAAGACUUGGACUUUUGGAAAGCGUUCCCUUCGACUUGUCCUCACCAAGGCCGCUUGGGAUAAACUCUUAUCCUAUGCGACCAUCCCCGAGGGCUUGACCAUGGAGCGAGCGAACCAGAUUCGCAAGGCUGUGACGCUGCCAGAGUCCCACUUCGACUUCCUUGAGCGUCAUUAUCUGUGCGCGAUUCCCUCUCAUCGCGUCCCCCAGCAACGGUAUCGCGAGGACGGAGUCCUUCAGCCGUUUGGAGCUCAACGCAGCGAGUUUUCCAUCCCGAACCCAACGUUCUUCCAGCCUCCAUUCCACUGGCCAAUCCCGGGUGGUUUGGAUCCACGCGACGGAUGGUCUCCGAAAGACCUUGAGGAAACUGACAAUGGACCGGCGACUUCCGACAUCUAUGGCAAACUCUUCACCCAUCUUCGUUCUGUGCUCAAGUCCUUCAUGUCGCGUGUUGCGAACACCAACAUCAGCUUUCAGCUACUCAACAUCGAAGCUACUAAGCUUCUUGACCAGCUUGAAGAGGGGUCGUUUGACCGCACCGAGGUUUCCAACAUCUCGGACUCUGUCCAUUUAGGGCCCCAUCUCACGGUCCUUGUCAUGUCACCUUUGCUUCGAUCAUUGUCCGACAAUCCCCACGCAACCCUCAUCACACGAUUCGAGGUCGCCAUCGAGAACGCCAUGACAAAAGAAGAUCAUCGAGCCGGGACUCAGAACGAGAGAGCCCAGAAUGAAACAAUGGCUGUCCUCUCAGACUAUCUUCCAAUGCGUCGCCCGCCUACUUGCGCAUGGGAUGUAGAGAUCGUCAAAUGGCAGUAUGCUUCAGAGCUGAUUCGCACCUAUGACCAUAUCUAUGACAGGAUUGCACACAAUCUCGAGUUCCACAAGUUCCCAGAGUAUCUUCAGGUCGGGAUCAAGGACAAAAACACCAUCAUUGAGAAAUGGCCUUUCAGACUCAAGCUCAAGUUUGGACAGGAAGGUGCACAGCAGGAGUUUGAUCGCGUGAUGGGACAGGCAUUCACUACAAAGGCGUUUUACUUGGAGUUCAAGAGGGUCUAG